GCAGCUGUUCAUACUAGAAAGUGGAGGAGGAGACCAUAGAAAUGAACGCACUGGGAGGAUGACAGCUUUUAGCCGCUGCUGUAACCCUGAACCUCUGACAUCCAUAUGAACCGUCAGCGAGAGGACCACUAACCCAGCCCGCAGGGCGCAUCCUCUAUCCUGAGCAAAAAGCGAGGGGCCGUGGGCGGAGGGUUCCUUAUGAUUUCUCAGUUUUCAUAGACGCUAUUUCUCUAACACCAUGGUGCUGGGCAAGGUGAAAACUUUAGCGGUCUACUUCGACUAUCUGAACGACAACAACGUCCCCGUUUACUCCGGUGGGGAUUCGGUCUCGGGGAGGGUGAUAAUCGAAGUCAUCGGCGAGGUUCGCGUCAAAACGUUGAACAUAACCGCCAGAGGCGUAGCCAAGGUGCGGUGGACCGAGUCCCGGAACGCCGGGGCCAACACUGCCUACACUCAGAAUUACACCGAGGAGGUUGAAUACUUAAACCAUAGCGACACGUUAAUAGGAGAGGAGAGAGAUGAGGACAGUACAGAGGAGACCCUCACUGUUCUCAACACAGGCUUACACGAAUUCGCCUUUAGCUUCCUGCUACCACAGAUGCCCCUGGCCACGUCGUUUGAAGGGAAGCAUGGCAGUGUGAGGUACUGGGUGAGAGCAGAGCUCUACAGACCAUGGCUGCUGCCUUUCAAAGUCAAGAAAGAGUUCACUGUGUUUGAACACAUCGAUAUCAACACACCACUGCUGCUGGCCCCUCAAGCUGGCACUAAGGACAAGACCUUAUGUUGUUGGUUCUGUGCCUCGGGACCCAUCUCACUCAGCGCCAAGAUAGAGAGGAAGGGAUACACGCCAGGUGAGUCCAUCCAGAUCUUUGCAGAGGUGGAGAACUGUUCGUCCAGGGUGGUGGUGCCCAAGGCAGCGCUGAGCCAGACCCAGACCUACUUCGCCAAGGGCAAGGCCAGGCAGCUCCAGCAGCAGAUGGCAGCCCUGCGUGGGGACACCCUACCCCAGGGGAAGAGCCAGAGCUGGGAUGGAAAACUCCUCCACAUACCCCCAGUGUCCCCAUCCAUCCUGGACUGUCCACUCAUCAGAGUGGAGUACUCACUGGUGGUGUAUGUGGACAUCCCUGGGGGGUUGAACCUGUCUCUAUCGUUGCCGUUGGUGAUCGGGACCAUCCCCCUCCAUACAUUCACCAAUCGAACAAGCAGCAUCAGCAGCUACUGUAGUAGCAUCAGCUGGCCAGAGAGACCUGAGGCUCCCCCCAGCUACAGUGACUUGGUGGUGACAGAGGAGCAGAGGUGGGGCUGUCUGGAGCGCUGUGAGGGGUCAGAGGUCAACGAAGAGGACCAGGGAACACUGCGCGCUUACAUCACAGAGUUCAGAUACCAGCCCCCGCCGCUCUACUCUGAGGUUGACCCUAACCCAGAGCCGGGCUGUGGAGGUCAGGUGGUCAGGAGACCCGACCUCUGCCCCUCUCGCUGAGCACAACACUGACCUGCUCAGAGCAGACAGGCAUCUACACCUACAGAUGGAUCCAACAUGGCCGCCGCUAUAGCCCCCUACUGGAGCCAGUUACCUACAGAUGGAUCCAACAUGGCCGCCGCUAUAAUGUCCUACUGGAGCCAGUCACCUACAGAUGGAUCCAACAUGGCCGCCGCUAUAAUCCCCUACUGGAGCCAACAUUGCGUCUCAUCCUUAGUUUUCUCGGGUACAUAGAUCAACAGAUGCAGGGAUGUCAGCUCUGAUAGACACUCUGUGGAGAGGCCAGGAGACGCCUCAGUCUGACCAGCAUCACGGUUCUCUGCUGGUCAGAAAGAAUAGAUAGUCCUUAGACCAAUCUUCUGGUACAUAUGACCAUUACGUGGCACAUCUAAGACUAGAAAGGAGAGGAGAAGAAGAAAAUAGAUCAUCCACUGUUGGACUGUUGGAAACAGUGGUCAGGAUCUCCUCCAGCCUUAGAGUGAAUUUUGCACAUGCCUCUCACUGUUUUUCUACUUCCAUAGCUUUUCUUCCUCAAUAUAUGCUGGAACAUGUCCGUUGUCUUCUCAACACCAUUACUACUUAACUAGAAACAACACCGAUCACAGACUCUUUUGGAACAAAGUAACUUAGAAACAAAUGAAAGGAAAUGUUUUUAGAGAGGUGUUAUUGUGUCUUGGGUUUCCUGAAUGGGGAAUGUGGUACAUGGUGAAAUGACUAGUGUGUGUGUGUUCAGACACUGGUGUAUCUGUGAAGCACUCACUCACUCUCUCUGUCUUUCAGGUGUCUUUCCUCACUAAACCCUCCAUAGAUGCAGUACCCUACUAAGCACUUGUUUGAUUGUAGUAUGUGGACAUAUGACACAGAAAGAAGCUCUGUAUUUACAUAAGAGGCAAAGAAACAGCCGGAUGUAAAAUAAGAAAAAAAAUACAUUUGAAAUGUUUACAGGUCAAUUGUCCUACAAAGUUGAUCUUCACCUCCAAACAGUGCAAUAUAUUUUUGUAUUUGUCAUUUUUCUGUUUGUGUAAGUGAUGCCAUUAUAGCCAUUACUGAUCUGAAUGCUAUCAUGAUCUUCCUUUGUUUGAAAUAAAGAAGCCGUUUUGUAGAAACUGUGAA